AUGCCCUCAUCCGCCACCUCUCCUCAGACCGCCGGCCAGAAGCGAGCGUAUCCCGCCGACGAACCCCUCGUCCCACCGCAACCACAGGAUGUUGCAGGUGCCGCAUCCUCGACCAACUCUCCUCCUCUCACCUCUGCUGCGUCGGCCACCUCGGCCUUCAGGAAUGUCUCUGCCUGCAACCGCUGUCGCAUUAGGAAGAACCGUUGUGAUCAACGUCUGCCUGUAUGCUCCGCUUGCGAAAAGGCCAAUGUCCGCUGUGUAGGCUACGACCCGAUCACCAAGAGAGAGAUUCCUCGAAGCUAUGUCUACUAUCUCGAGACACGACUGGCAUACUUCGAGCAGCAGCUCAAGGCCCAUGCAAUUCCUUAUAACGCCGCCGAGGUGUACAAUGCUGAGUCCAAAGAGUUGAGUGAUCCGAUUCAAUCCCCAGGGAGCGCAAAGAGUUCUUGGAUAGGACCACAAUCUCCGAGUAAUGGCUCGCCGCGGCCCAUCAAAAAUGAAGACUGGGACAAGAAGCAAGAAGAUGCCGAUAAGCUCAACAAGCUAGUCUCAAACAUUGGCAUGGUCUCUGUGCAGGGCGCUUCCGACGCCCGAUACCUGGGCUCUACAUCUGGGAUAUCGUUUGCUCGGGUUGUGUUGGCUGCGGUCAAGAGCUCCGUGUCCUGCAACAACUCGGAGCGUGCGGGUGUCCGGCCCAGUCGUCCCUUGCCCAACAUAGCCAGUUCAGGAGGUAGUUCCAUGAGAGAUUCAUACUUUGGCCUCCAGACCAAACCCACCAUCAAAGAAGCCCCAUUCCCGGAUCGACCGUUGGGGGAGAAACUGGUCAAUUUGUACUUUGAGCAUGCCAACCCGCAGAUCCCGAUCCUCCAUCGAGGCGAGUUCAUGGAUUUGUUUGACCGUACGUACUCGAUCGACCCUUCGAAGCGUACCUGCCGUGAACUGUACUUGCUCAACAUCGUGUUUGCAAUUGGCGCGGGCAUUAUAUGGGGUUCGUCUGACCCCCAGCCAAACUCUCAACCGAGUGAUUAUGCCCACAAACGAGCAAGACUGGCUAUGCAGCAAGCGCAGCCCGAGGAAUACCAUGCCUCCGCUAUUGUCAACCUUGGGUCAUUUUUGGCUGCCAGUUCAUCCAUGGAAGCAGCUGAACGUCCCAAUGGUGAUUUGGAAGAGCUCCAGGCUGUCCUGCUCCUAUGCAGUUUUGCCUUGCUUAGGCCCGUGGCUCCAGGGCUCUGGUACAUUGUGGGCGUCGCCAUGAGACUGGCCGUGGAUCUCGGUCUGCACUAUGAAGAUGGGACAGGCAUUGACGACAACAUCGAAGGCCACCAGGGUCCGGCGACCACUAUGGAGAUGAAGCCACCGGGACAGGUGGACGCGAAAGAAAAAGGGCGACGAGAAUGGAUUCGCGACUUACGCAGACGACUUUGGUGGUGUACCUACACCUUCGACCGUCUGGUCAGCACUUGCGUAGGGAGACCGUUUGGCAUCACAGAUCAAGUCGUCACCACUGAAUUCCCCUCCUUACUCGACGACAAGUACAUCACGAGAGCUGGCUUUUUGCAGCCAGCCUCACCAGAUGAACCCACGUACAAAUGGGUCUCCCACCACUAUUUCCGCUUGCGACUGUUACAAUCUGAGAUCCUUCAAGUCCUUCAACAUCAACAAGCGCGGCAAGCCCGUCUGAACGGCACCAAUCGCCGCAAUCAGUUCAUGCACACCAAGCUGCCCUCACCUUUCCUGAUCAAAUUCGACUCGUUUCGUUCCUGGCGACGAGACAUUGAUCAGCGACUAUAUGAAUGGAAAGAAUCGGCGCCGGAGCCGUCGGAGACCGGGGUCAGUUUCUCGGUACAAUUCCUGGAGCUCAAUUACUGGCAAGCCGUCAUUAUGCUUUACCGGCAGAGCCUCAGUGUUCCAGCACCUCUGGCAAACGAGUUCAGCCCGACCGAGGACGUAUCCAGCCCGUCAAGCAUAAGAUUGGAAGAGAAAGAGGACGAAGAUCUGGUGUUUUUGAAAUGUGCAGAGGCUGGUCAGAAGACGUUGAAACUCUACAGGCAACUUCAUCGACUGCGGCUUGUGAAUUAUACGUACCUCGCCACGCACCAUCUAUUCAUGGCCGGCAUCUCCUUCUUGUAUGCUGUUUGGCAUUCACCAGCUGUUAGAGCUCGCUUGACACUAGAUGAUUUCGACUUCACAGUCCUCGCUGCAACAUCCGUCCUAGGCGACCUCAUGGAGAAAUGCCCACCCGCAGAAGCCUGCCGAGACGCCUUCGAGCGAAUGAGCAAAGCAACCGUCCAAAUGUGCAUGUCCACACCUGGAUUUGGCUUCUCGAUGGAACGGCGCGCAGAAUACCAACCAAGACAACAUCUCGCCCGACAGUCCAGCAUGCAGAGCCAGUCUGGACAACCUCAAACGCAACCUAUACCCAUGCAAAUUGACUCUUACCCUCCUGCGACGACUAGCACCACGACUCGCAUCGCUCCAAAACCAAUGCCCAAACGACCACCGCCCAAAUUCGACAUGGAUUUGCGCGAGCUGUUUCCAGAUGAUCUCGAACCAAGUUCUCGACCCUCUUACUCUUUUCCUCAACCACUGCACGGCCUCCAACAGCAGCAACAAAGAUCACCGCAAGGAUCCAUGGCAAUGGGGCUGCCGCCGCUACAACAACACCCGCAGCAUUCUCCUCGCCAACAACAAAUGUCCCCUGCCUCAAGUAUCAACUCGCAAAUCAACAACGGUCUCGGCAUGGGCACAUCCAACAACCCCUUGCUCUUCAACCAGACUUCUGCCCAACAGCAAACCCAAACGCAGCAACAACAACAAACACCGUUCUACAUGCAGAACACAUACAACCCCGACUUCAUGUCCAGCCUGCCAGGCAUGGACUUCCUUAGCACCACCAUAACCGGAGGUGGCGAGGGAGAAUUCAACUUGGACGUCGGCGGUGGAUUGGAUCUGGGCUUUGGCAUGACGGGACUGGAUUUCCAACACGAUUGGAGCGAUGGACAGGGUCAGUAUGAUCUGUUCGAGGGCUUUUUCUUCGGGAAUGGAUACGGCGGCAACGGGUUCGGCGGUGGGAACGGGAGUAGUGGUGGUGCUGCCGGUGGCGCGGCGGGAAGUUGA